AAGUUUCUCCGCAGUCCACAACGACCACAACAACAACAUGACGCAGAGCGUGGUGCUGCAGAUUGGGCAGUGUGGGAACCAGGUUGGAAGGCAGUUCUGGGAGCGGGCGUUGAAGGAGCAUGCGGAGUACAACGAGGAUGGGACGUUUGACGAGAGCCUGAACACUUUCUUUCGCAACGUGGACACGCGCUUCACCCCUGCGCGCGACCUGCCACUGAAACGGGGCGCGCAGAUCGCUUCGCUCCGCGCACGCGCAGUGCUCAUCGACAUGGAGGAGGGCGUGGUGAACGAGGUCCUCUCAGGCCCACUGGCAGACGUCUUUGACACGCACCAAACGGUCACCAACGUUAGCGGAUCCGGGAACAACUGGGCCGUGGGCUACUUCACAUAUGGCCAGACACACAAGGAGCAGAUCUCCGACACUGUGCGAAUCGCAGUGGAGCAGUGUGACUGCCUGCAAUCCUUCAUCCUCCUUCACAGCAUGGGUGGAGGCACGGGCUCUGGCUUGGGAACUUACGUCCUUGAGCUCUUGCACGAUGAAUAUCCUUCAGUCUACCGCUUCGUCACCGCCGUCUACCCUUCAAAGGAUGACGAUGUUAUCACAUCUCCGUACAAUAGCGUACUGGCCAUGCACCAGCUGCAGCAGCACGCUGACUGCGUCAUUCCAGUUGAGAACCAGGCAUUACAAGACAUUGUUGAAGUCGUCGACCACCAAACUAAAGGCCGGUUGAAACGCAACAGUGCGGUCACUGGACCUGAUACGAAGAAAUCAAAGCCCUGGGAUCGCAUGAACAGCAUUGUUGCAAACACGCUGUUGAACAUGACAAGCAGCUCCCGCUUUGCUGGGUCCCUUAAUGUCGACGUCAACGAGAUCACCACCAACCUGGUGCCGUUCCCCGGCAUGCACUUCCUCACCUGCAGCCUGAGCCCCCUGUAUGACUUGGCGGAUGUGCGCGUGCCCCCGCGUCGUCUCGAUCAGAUGUUCUCAGACGCGUUUGACCCGUCCUUCCAGCUGGCAAAGUGCCACCCGCGCAAGGGCAUCCUCACGGCGUGUGCGCUGAUGGUGCGCGGGAACGUGGAAGUGUCUGACAUCCGCCGCAACAUCGACCGCGUGAAAUCAAAGCUCCACUUUGUCAAGUGGAACCAGGAGGGGUGGAAGACGGGUCUGUGUGCGCAGCCACCCGUUGGGCAGCGCCACGCCCUCCUGUGCAUGGCAAACAACACGUGCCUGCACGAAACCUUCUCCAACGUGCGCUCACGCUUCCUCCAGCUGUAUCGCAAGCGGGCAUUUCGACACCACUACACGACACACGGCAUGGACGAGGAUCGGUUUACCGCCGCGCUCGCCUCGCUUGACCAUCUGCUUUCGCUUUACAGUGAUGUGGAGGCCACCAGCGACUCGGAGCCACAGCAGCUACCAGAUAUCGAUGUGUUGUAGGACACUCGGUGCAGCUUGGUCGUACUCAGGGCUUGCG